AUGACUUCGUACAUUUCCAAGCGCUUUGCCAGCAUAGUCACUGAGAGGCGCCAUCGUCAGCACAGAGUAACAAUGUUGCAUCUCUUUCUGUCAACCCCACUUCAUAUGGCCCAUCUACUUACUUUCACACAAUUCUUUAAUCUCGUUUCCUCCAAUCUUGCUAAAGAAGGUACAGCUAAAAGUGGGUUUAGUGCAGCAUAUUCAUCUUCACCACCGGUUACAGGUGUCGCUUGCAAGGCUCCUGACCUUCAUUCAGCCCACCUACUCCGCUUGUCAAUAGAUCGCUACUACACAACAAACUCACUGGUUAACUGUCUAAAAUCGUGCUGCCUAAGAGUCUUCAAUUCACGUCCCCGAUUACGCCAUUUUCGAGGAUUUAGAGCAGACCAUAUUCAUGCCGAUGCCAAUUAUCAGGAUCUUCCUCUCCCUAGGCUUCAAACCCAUGACUCAGUUAUCCUCCUUCCCACUCACAUUGUAUCUCAUUCUUUAAGCCGUGUGUCCGGCUUCAGUGAACCCCUCCUGGGUAAAAUGUUUGGCCUCUUCUCACUGCAAUCGCCUUUUCUUGACUUUCCUUUGUCCUUCAUGAGUCGCUCCUUGGCGAUAUUUCUUCCUGCUGUUGAACAGGUGUCCUGGGUUCAGGCGUCUCCUUUUUGA